CAGGCGCCCCUGGGAAGCCAGUUCUAACCCUGAAUAUCAGCUGUUGUGCUGCGUGAUGCUACAGUCUGAUAACCCAGAGGUACCAGGCCCAGAGCCUUCGUUGGGGUGCUGAACACAGACCCCCAAAACACCAUCAAACCUGACAUUGUGUGGCCCAUUUCUUGUCAAGAUGGAUUGGGAUGCUCUGUCUAGACAGUCGUCUCCUUUGGGAAAUCACGGUUGCUCUAAGAGGAGGCACAUGGUCUACCGUUAAGAAUACAAACUAGGCCUGUGAGCUGUUGGGGAGGGGAGGAGUUGCCGUGAGGUGGGUGGGCCAGUGCAGCGGAGCCUGCAGAAAGGAGCUGUCAGCUUCUGCACUCACAGGCAUCUGGGGAUCAUUGCUGGGAGCCUUCUCCUGCACCCGUGCCGUGUUAACAGAGCUCCCUGUCCAUAGCAAGGUACAGAUGUCACUGUCAGCCUUCUCAGAGCCAGCGACUCUGUCCCCCCUUUGAGGAGUGCUUGGAUGACUUGAAAGCUGUGUAAAUGAGUAUGGAAGAUUAUGAUUUCCUGUUUAAAAUUGUUUUAAUUGGCAAUGCUGGCGUGGGGAAGACGUGCCUAGUCCGACGAUUCACUCAGGGUCUUUUCCCCCCAGGACAAGGAGCCACGAUUGGAGUUGAUUUUAUGAUUAAGACGGUGGAGAUUAAUGGUGAAAAAGUCAAGCUUCAGAUCUGGGACACAGCAGGUCAAGAAAGAUUUCGGUCCAUUACCCAGAGUUACUACCGAAGCGCCAAUGCCUUGAUCCUCACCUAUGAUAUAACCUGUGAGGAAUCCUUCCGUUGCCUUCCUGAGUGGCUGCGGGAGAUAGAACAAUAUGCCAGCAACAAGGUCAUCACUGUGCUAGUGGGCAACAAGAUUGAUCUGGCUGAAAGGAGAGAGGUCUCCCAGCAGAGAGCUGAAGAAUUCUCAGAAGCUCAGGACAUGUAUUACCUGGAGACUUCAGCCAAGGAAUCAGAUAAUGUGGAGAAACUCUUCCUUGACUUAGCGUGCCGCCUCAUCAGUGAAGCCAGGCAGAACACACUUGUAAACAAUGUAUCCUCGCCCUUACCCGGAGAAGGGAAAAGCAUCAGCUAUUUGACUUGUUGUAAUUUCAACUAAAGGCUGAGGCAAGGAGAAGCAAAAGGAAUCAGCAGCUGCCCCGAUGGGCCCCAAAUUGCUGGGGGAGAUCUGGUGAUGACUAUGGCUCCUGCUCUCAGACCUUCUGACUCCCGUGGGAUCCAGAGCUUACAGAGCAUGGCAGGCCGAAGGCUUUGUCCACAGGCCAGCAUUAGCAGAACAUAUAACGGUUUCACCCUUUUGCAGUCAGGAGUUGGAGCAAGGAGAAAAUUGCACUAGGCGCUCCGUGAUCUGCAGAGCAUGUUGCUUUUGUUCUUUAAAAAAAAAAAAAAAAAAAAAAAAGCAAGUAAAAGCGCAUUCCUGAACACAGCCCUGGGGGAAAUGUACUGUAGGGAGAUCCCUCCUGCACGUCAAUGGGUGCAUGUAGGGGCUGUGCUUUAGGGCUUCUGGGGGCCCUGGUUUUCUUGUCUACCAGAUAAACCAAAACUGGGAAGGCCAAGUACUGCCUCUGUGGUGUGUGUUGAUGACUCCAUGGAGACUUUGAAAAGUGUUACUUCUCUUGUCCACAGGCACUUUCAAGAACUUUGGGAUGUAAAAAUGAAAUGAAACCUUUUCCCAUGACCAACAGUUAACAAUCAUUGGUUUAAUAUUAUAUAUAAGCUCCAUGACUCCUUUUGGUGCUAAUGAAUCCACUCUUUCAUAGACCAAACAAUUUAGUACAUCGAUGUCCUUAAAUGUAUUACAUU